GAUGUGAUUUCAAAAUGAGUGAGAAUCGCCAGUCAAAUGUAAUUACUGAGGGUCAGGCCCAAAUUACAGGACAGUCAGACGCGACUGUGUUCUACAAUCCCGUGCAGGAGUUCAACCGAGACCUCAGUAUCGCGUUGAUCAAAACAUACCGUGAAUCACUGCAGAAGGAAAGCUAUGAGCAUCUAAAUAAUUUCAAAAUGAGUGAGAAUCGCCAGUCAAAUGUAAUUACUGAGGGCCAGGCCCAAAUUACAGGACAGUCAGACGCCACUGUGUUCUACAAUCCCGUGCAGGAGUUCAACCGAGACCUCAGUAUCGCGUUGAUCAAAACAUACAGCGAAUCACUGCAGAAGGAUGAAAAACUCUGCAUCUUUGAGGGCCUGUCAGCCACAGGUCUGCGGUCUAUUCGAUACGCCAAAGAACUAUCCAGCGUGUCCCAGAUAUACGCGAAUGACUUGGACAAAGUGGCUUUUGGAUGUAUCAGAGACAACAUAGAGAGAAAUGGAGUGGGUGCUCUAGUGCAGCCGCUGCUCGGGGACUGCAAUGCCAACUUAUGUAAGCUGGUGUCAGAAGGCACUCGGCCGAACGUGGUGGACGUUGACCCUUUCGGAUCCCCUGCCAUCUUCAUAGACACUGCAGUGAGGAUGGUGUCUGAAGGAGGUCUCUUACUGGUGACUGCCACUGACUUGGCCGUGUUGUGUGGCCAGGUGCCAGAGAAGAGCUACUCACUCUAUGGCUCACUCUCUGUCAAGACGCCAUGCAUGCACGAAAACGCACUCAGAAUCCUACUGUACUGCAUGAGUAGACAGGCGGCCAUGCAUGGGAGAUACAUCAUCCCCCAACUGUCCUUCUUCAAAGACUUCUACAUCCGAGUGGCAGUCACAGUACACACUAAGGCAUUUCUAGUCAAAGAUGUCUGUCUAAAACACAGUGUAGUCAACUACUGCAGCCAGUGUACUGACUUCAUUCUGAAUCCACUGGCUUUGAAGAGUGGACCUUCGAAGUAUGUCCACGCCACAGUGCGGGGAGGCCAGAAGUGCAAACAGUGUGAAAGUGGUAAGAAGAGACUUGUGAUCCUACUGUACUGCAUGAGUAGACAGGCGGCCAUGCAUGGGAGAUACAUCAUCCCCCAACUGUCCUUCUUCAAAGACUUCUACAUCCGAGUGGCAGUCACAGUACACACUAAGGCUUUUCUAGUCAAAGACGUCUGUCUAAAACACAGUGUAGUCAACUACUGCAGCCAGUGUACUGACUUCAUUCUGAAUCCACUGGCUUUGAAGAGUGGACCUUCGAAGUAUGUCCACGCCACAGUGCGGGGAGGCCAGAAGUGCAAACAGUGUGAAAGUGCAAUGCGGAUGGGAGGUCCAAUUUGGAAUGGACGUCUCCACAACCCAGAUUUUGUGACCUCUCUUUUGGGCUUCAUUAGAGACGAGGGGUCAUCCCGGUUCGGGAGUUGGAAGAAAAUACUAGCGACUGUCAGUCUCAUUUCGGAGGAGUUGCCGGACUCGCCUCUCUUUUUAACCAAGGAAAUGAUGUUCAGUGCAGCGAAAGUAUCGGGGCCGAAACUGACUCUUGUGUCUAGUGCUAUUCUUAAUGCAGGCUUCAAGUUCAGUGUGUCGCACUGUUCGCCAGUGGCUGUGAAGACAGAUGCACCCUCCUCGUUCCUCUGGGACAUUGUGAGACAAUUUGAGAGAGAUCACCCAGUCAACAGGGAGAAGCUGUCCCCCUUUUCAAAGGCACUUCUCGAACAGACCAUUACGCACAAGAUUGAUUUCACUCUCCACCCAGCUGCGAAUCCUGUGUCCAGGACCUCCAAGGUGACCCGGUUUCCUAUUAACCCGCCCAAUUGGGGUCCCAAGGCCAGACCGAGACCCCAAAAUGCUACUUCUAAUUCGGCAGCUGAUAGUCACAAAAAUGGGUCGACCAGCAUGACUGAAAUUUCUGAACCGCCUGAUAAGAAGCAGAAAUGCGAAAAAACUACUUCGGAAGUUGAGGCAAACUGAACUUUAAAAUAAGUUUUUCUUUUCUUUUCAGUUUGAUACGUGUUUUUGAAAUACAGUUUUAUUGAAAGGCGUUGGAAUAUCAAUCGGCCAUGAAUGAGCAGUCAAUAUCAUUUGUUUGUUUGUUUGUUUUUCAGUUUUUGCGAAUCCUUAGUGAUAAUUAAAAUACGAUGCUUUUUGAAUCGGCAAAAUUGAG